CCAAAGUUCAAACCUGAGGCUAAUAAGAAGCUAAGUAAUUUGUAAUCGUAAGAUUACGAGUAACAAGAGCCAAGAAUGUCUUCCGAAAUGAGUACAAUGAAUCAUAUUUCUUAUAAUCAACAGGUCAAAGUUGUAAGCAAAACAGGAAGAUGGUGUAAUGAACGGAAUCGAACUAAAAAGAAAGAUACAAACUAGGUGACAUUUAUGAAUAGCAAGAAUUCGAAGGAAAAGCUUUUUAUUUUAUUAUUUUUUUUUUUUCUUACACAUCUAUUGAUGGAAUAUAGGCUGAAAAUUUAAGCGAAACGGACUUCUUGCGUCACUCAAUUAAAGCUGAAAAUAAGCGAAAUCCCCGGAUAUCUUCUGGGAGUUUUUUUUUUUUUUUAUGCAUUCCGAAGGGAGACAUUAGGUGAAACAGGAUCGACUUACAUAGCUAUAAAAAGUUACAAACGCUGGUUGAUUCGGGCGGGUAAUCUUUCCUCAUUUAAUAAGCAAGUGUAACUCGCUCACCCAAACGUCACUAAAAAUAACUAGUUAAAGCUGUCUCAUUUCACAUUACGUAGCCCCUACUUACCAAAGAAGGUAAGGAUAAAGGCACGACUAGCGCAAUCUGGGAUGCUCAGGUAAAGAUCGGAAGAGUAGCUAAUAGAAAAUAGUAAACAAACAGAAAGACAGAAUAAAAUUAAAAAUAGGUUAAUUGUUUUCUUUUAUAAUAACACCUUAAGGGAAACUUCCCAGUUGUCGACGAUGGAUGUAUUUACCAAAAAUUUAGGGAUCUCAAGCACUAGAAAUUAUCUUUCAACUACUUAUCUUUUUCUACUCUUUUAUUCUUAUUUCGUCUCUUUUUAUCUGAUCCUUUUUUUUGUGCUUUGUUUUCAAAGAUUGCAUCUUGAAACCGUGAUUUAGCUUAACUCUUCGCAUAUUAAUAAAGUUGAGCAUACCCCCUGUUAUCAUUAAUAUCCUUCUUCGUCUAUGAAACACUUUCUCCAUUAUCCUCCUUGAACACACGUGUACAAUGCUAGGUGGAGGGAAAUAAAGUUGCCUGGCGUAUUGGUGGAUAUCUCUAUCAGAUUGCCAGUUAGUUUUCUAGUCCGGUCGUUAGUCCUCGUCUUAUCUCAAAACACAACACUUUUUUGCAUUUAUGACAAAAACUUUUUUGAUCGUUGGUUGUGGCGUUUUCGGCCUUUCUGCUGCUGUCGAAUUAGCAAAACAACAUGUCUUUGAUAGAAUCAUCGCCAUUGAUGCAGAAGCUGUACCAUCUAGCAUGUCAGCUGCAAAUGACUUAAACAAAAUCGUACGUCCAGAGUACGCAGAUAUAAAGUACAUGAAGUUGGCAUUAGAAGCAAUGGAUCUAUGGAGAACGAAUGAUCCGGUUUCUUCCUCUUACCAUGAAUGCGGCCGGUUAAGUAUCACUUCAAGUGACCCUAAUAGAUCUCAGUUUGAUGCUGUUUCUCAAGCGAAUUUGAGAAAACUACUAGGUGAUUCUGCAUUAAUUAAUCUCAACACUCCGGACGAAAUCCGUCAAAGAUUUCCAAUUCUAUUAUCAAAUGCUCCUUUAAAAGUUAAUGCCUCAGCAGUCUUAAAUGAACAUGCUGGUUAUGCUAAUGCGUCCGAAGCAUUAAAAACGAUGGAGUCCGAAGCUAAAAAAUAUGGAGUUGAGUUUCGAUAUGGAAAACGUGGCUCUUUUAAGCGAUUUGUUUUUCCAAAUACUUCCUCUGGUCCCAAUACCUUGGCCGCUGUCGAGACUGAUGAUGGCUCAAUCAUACAAGCGGAUACCAUUUUACUGGCCAUUGGUGCUUAUAUGAAUGCGUAUGUUCAUACAGAUCGCCGUGUUAUAGCCAAAGGACUACCAGUUGCUCACCUCCAAUUAACGGAAGAGGAAUACAAACAAUAUACGAAAAUGCCAAUUAUAUUUGAUCCUGAUGUCGCAUACGUUUUUCCACCGGAUCACAAGUCCAAGUUAUUAAAAUUCUCCAGUACCGGCUAUGAAUAUGUCUACAAUACACAUACUCAUUACGAUCAAUCCAUCAUUACCUCCAUACCAAACCCUCCAUCUUUAUAUACUGAAAUCCCAGAUUACGCUAAGAAAAACAUUCGUCAAUUUCUGCAAAUGUAUCUUCCUAAUUUGGCGGACCGUCCUUUGCAAAAGUGCAAAAUGUGCUGGAUUUCCGAUACUUCCGAUUCAGAAUUCUUAAUAGACAAGUUGCCUGGAACAGAGAAUGUCCUGAUUGCUAAUGGGGAUAGUGGUCAUGCUUUUAAGUUUUUACCAAACAUAGGUAAGUACAUUACGCAAAAAGUAUGUGGUACAUUAUCACCAGAAUGGCAAAAAGCAUGGAAAUGGAAAGAUUUGAAAAACCAAAGCAAGGAGGUCAAAUGGAGAGGUACUCGAUCUUUAGUUGAUUUAAAGAAUACUAGUUUUACGACAGACAAUUGAUUUUUAUUUUGUAAAGUAG